AUGGGGCCCUCAUUGUCCCAGGCAAAGGUCUUCCUCUCGGAGAUGACAUCCGGAGGGACAACCUGGGCAAUGAACUCAUCAAUUGACCUUGCCGGAGGGUCGAGCGCCUUUAACAUGGCCUCGGCAUCGGUAACGUCAGGGCCGAUGUGUCGGGGGAUAAAGGACUCGGGCCUCUGGAGCGGUUCAAGGGAGGGGUCCACUGAGCUGAUCUUCGCACUGGUGGCAUGCUGGAGAGAUGCGAAGGCGCUGAAUGUCCUCACACGGGGAAUCCGAGAGGAUGCCGAGCUUGAGGCACAUGAGUUGCAAACCCACGAGGAAGCUGGUGUCUGGCGGGCGGCGAUCCUUGACCUCGGGGCAGCCAGCCGAAGCUGGCGGGGGAGGGGCAAUCUCAAUGAUGCCAUGGUGGGAAACGAGCAGAUUGGCAAUUCACUAAGAGAAUAA